UGCAGGCUGGAGCCGAGCAGGAGCAGAUAAAGUGAGAAAGAGAAACAAUGACAGAAUAAUAAAGCUAGAUAGAGAGGUGGAGUUAGAACAAUAGAGAGGAAAAAAAGACUUCCUAAGGACAUUUCAGGAUAUGUGUGAAGCAUUUCAUCACAUCACCAUGGGGCUACGCGAGUUUAUAUUGGAGUAUUUUCAAGGUUUCUGGGACUAUGAGACCCCCAAGGUGAUGGUGGUUAAAAACACAACUCUUGGAGUAAUUUACAGGUCUGUUCAGUUCCUGGUGAUCACCUAUUUCAUCUGGUAUGUGUUUAUAAGUCAGAAAGCAUACCAAGAGAGUGAAACCCGUCCGGAGAGCUCCGUUUACACUCUUAUGAAAGGCUCAGCAGUUCAUGGAGAUGAUAUCCUGGACACUGUGGAGUACGCUCGACCCUCAGAGGGUGGUGAUGUGAUUAGUACAAUACUGAGGCGAGAAUUCACCUACAAUCAGAUGCAGGGUACCUGUGCUGAGUAUUUCAAAGUUCCCAACGCCAACUGUACGAAAGACUCCGACUGUGUCGAGGGGGAGGUCGACUUUAAUGGCCAUGGCAGAAGAACUGGAAGAUGUGUUCAGUACUACAACUACACCUUCAAAACCUGUGAGAUUCAAACCUGGUGUCCUAUAGAGGAGCAUGCUGUAGUACGAGAGCCACCAUUAGUGGAGGCGGUCAACUUCACUGUGUUCAUCAGGAACUCCAUUCACUUCCCCAAAUUUAAAGUGCUGAGGGGAAAUGUUAAGGAUGCCUCGAACAAGCGUGAAAUGCAGAAAUUUCUCCAAAAGUGUAGCUAUCAUGAGGAGAAGGAGCCCUACUGUCCUAACUUCCGCCUGAGCUACAUCGCAGAACAAGCCAGGGAGAAUUUCACUGAGCUCUGCAGGACUGGAGGUGUGAUCGGGGUUUUCAUCAACUGGAACUGUAACCUGGAUCUGGAUCCUUCACACUGUAAACCGAAAUAUUCAUUCCGUCGUCUGGACCUCCGCAAAGAUCUGGCCAACUCUGGUUACUAUUACAGGUUUGCCAAAUAUUACAAUAAGGAUGGAGUAGAGUCUCGGACACUAAUCAAGGCCUACGGCAUGCGUCUGGAUAUCAUCGUUCACGGACAUGCUGGUAAAUUCAGUCCUAUUCCAACCAUCAUCAGUACAGUGACCGCUAUGACUUCUGUUGGGAUUUGCACCAUCAUCUGUGACUGGAUCAUGCUGACUUUUAUUGACAAGAAUGAAGUCUACAGUGAGAGAAAGUUUGAUGAAGUGAUCAAGGAGCCCACAGAACCCAUCUCCACAGAGCUCAGCUUCAUCAACAGCUAUGGCUCAAACCAUUCGGACCUGUCAGACGGUGUACCCCUGUGAUGUCAUCAGAGUUGCCUCGGUCCUCACUGGCCAAAUGCAUGGACUCACCUACACCGACUGACUGUGGCAUCAAAAAUAACUGUUUCUCAGGUGUCUGCAAAUGCUCAGUGGAUGGAUCAGACUGUGCAGCUAUGCUCUUAGUGGGAAUAAACUGAGUAAGAACCACGUCCCUGUGGGCCUGUUCUGGACACACACAGUUCUCUUAAUGUAUCUGAAUAACAGCAGGUUCUGUUCAUAUAUCACCUCAAACCUUGAUGGACCUUUACUGUUCUCCAGUGGACUGAAACCUGUUUCUGUUCAACUUGACAUGACUUCCGAAUAUACUAACACCACGUAGAGAAUGUGCAUAUUUUCUCCAUAUGAAACCGAUCUACAAACCAUACAAACUAUGUCCAUGUAUUGCAGACAUUCAAUCCAACAAUAAAUGAACUUUAUUAACUUGUGUUUCAGUCAUAAACAUUAAUAUUACAUAAUUUCUUGAAUAUAAAAUAUGAACAACCUUUAAUUUGUGCUUAUUUAAAUCUGCAUUUUUGCAAAGAUAAAACCGCACCGUGCUCGAAGAAUCCAAAUAUUCUGCUUCAUUUCCUUUGGUCUUUCAACCUGACAUGUCUGACAUAAUGAGAAGAUACAGGAGGAAACUGUCGGGAGAUGGACGAGGAGAGCAAUGAACAGUAAUCAAAUAAAGCAGACAUUUCCCAUAAAAUGGUUUCCCUAACAAGAUUGUGGGGAAGUGUGAAUCCAUCUGGAUCCCUGAGAGCAAUACAAAUGUCAGUGGUGGAAAAAGACCUAAGACUCAAGUCUAAUGGAUCGAUAUCUGCCAAGAUGGAUGGAGGAGCACAACGGACAGCCACGUUAGUUUGGAAACUGUGAGUUUAUGACAUGUAAAGGGGUGAAAAUUCAAAGAAUCUUAUAU